CAAUUGCUUCUUGUAUCUUCAGGAGCUGUUGUUCCACACACAUUAAACCAUCUCCCCUCAGGUUUUUACUGCCAAAUUCAAUGGACAGACUCUUGCUGGCUGAGUCUCCAUGAAACUGUGGCCACUGGAGGGAUCUGUGGGAAACAUCUAACACAGAGACACAGAGAGGGAAGGAGGGCUGCUGACUCAACUUCUCCCCUCCGUCCUUCUUCUCCUGAGCGGCUGCACAGACGUGAACGAGGUGAACGAGACACAGUCAUGCUGGGAGUUCUCCUCAUUCUGUCCCUGUCCUCCCUGGUGGCUCUGGUGCCUCCCCCGAGGUCUCCCCCUGCCCUCUGCAGGCGCUGCUGUGAUGACCUGGAGCCAGAAGAGGGCAGCGGAGAGCAGCCAACCACAGCUGGGUUCAAUCAUGUGCCAGAGGUCCGCACAUACAUCAACAUGACCAUCCUCAAAGGUGACAAAGGAGAACGAGGCGACAGAGGAACACCAGGUAAAGCUGGACCCGAAGGCCCUCCAGGUUCCGGGGGGCCCAUGGGCUCAAAAGGCACUAAGGGCGACGCAGGUCUUCCAGGAGACGCCUGUAAAGUCCAGUACUCUGCCUUCUCCGUAGGCCGUCGCAAAUCCCUCCACAGCCUGGAGUCGUACCAGGCGCUGCUGUUUGACACAGUCUUUGUCAACCUCGACAGCCACUUCAACAUGUUCGAGGGGAAGUUCCUCUGCCACGUCCCGGGGAUCUACUUCUUCAAUGUCAACAUCCACACGUGGAACUUCAAGGAGACAUAUGUACACAUCAUGCGGAAUGACAAAGAGCAGGCCAUCGUGUACGCCCAGCCCAGCGACCGCUCCAUAAUGCAGAGCCAGAGUCUGCUGCUGGAGCUGGAGAUGAGCGAUGAGGUGUGGGUUCGACUGUACAAGAGGGAGAGGGAGAACGCAGUUUACAGUGAUGACGUGGACGUCUACAUUACUUUCAAUGGAUACCUCAUCAAAGCUAGUGUGGAGGAGUGAUGUGUGAGAGAAGACAAGCUGAAGAUGUGUCUGUUGGGACAAACUGAACAUGGGAAAAGAAAGAAGUGUGCUCCACCAAAAUCUCUUUGUCAAAAUGUGAAGUAAACUUAAUACACUCAUUACUAAUGGAUUAAUGGAUACCACAAAGUGUUAGAAGUUUGAAAGUACUCAUGCAGUGGACUGACUACAUGAGCGACAGAAUCUUUCGGGAUCAAGAUCACAACUUGAUUCCCUGUAGUUAAAAACAUUUUGC